AUGCAAGCCGCGCGCAACCACCGCCACCGCCGUGACGUCCACACGGCGCCGUUUGACCUCGGCACCUUGCGGCGCUACAUCGCCAACAACUGGGUGCACGAGGCCGCGAUCGAGCUCAACAAGGUGAUUGACACUCGAAACAAUGGCUUCCACGACGCCCAUAUUCGUGAAAUCUACGGCAGCGACGGACGACUGCGGAACUCGAUUCUGUUUACGAUUCUACGCCACCCAGCGACCACGGACCUUCUCAACCACCCGGUCAUGCGCGAAGUCGAAAACAUCAAGUGGCAGAGCUUUGCGUGCUGCAUGUACAUGCAGCAGCUCCUGCUCUACCUCUUGCUGCCGACGACGCUGACGCUUUCGGUGACGAUGGACCUGAGCGACGGUGAGUCGCCCAACUUCCAUACCCAGCUGCUCGUCUGGUUGAAUGCCGGCGUCGCGCUCGUGCUCGGUCUCGUGGCGACCAACUUUUUCCAGUACACCAACCGCAAGCGCUGGGCCUUCCGGUCCAUCGCUGGCAUCGGUCUUGUGCUCAUAACGCUCCAUUUCUGCUCCGAUCUGAUCGCUGCCCGUGUCAACUGGAUCUGGUUUGUGCGCUGGAACAACCUCGUGCUGACGCUCACGACGCUGUAUUUCAUUCGGAUUGAAAUCCUCGAGCUCUGCAGCGUGGUCAACGUCGACGCGAACCCGACCUUUAUGCAGCUGCUCGAGGUCGCCGCCGAGACCCUUUGCGACUUUUUUCUCAACUUCAUCGGGCGCGCGAAAUCGCACAACUUCGAGUCGUUCUUUAACAAGGUGCAGCUCCUGACGUUUGUUGCGAUCCUCGUCUUCGUCGUCACCGAGACCUUUUGCCCGUUCAGCAACGACGUCCGCCUCUACCUCGGCAUCAUCAUUACGUUCGCAGCGUGGGCCCUCGGUAUUCAGCACCUCGAGAGCCACAACAUGGCCGGGUACCUCAUCUCGCUCAUGACGCUCAUGCUCAAGAACAUGGUCAAGUUUACGACCUUCUACCUUCCGUUCCAGUGCGUAUAUGCAAUUGCGUACUACCUCCUCUUUGAAGGCCGCAACGUCGACGCCUACGCGACGAUCGACAACAGCUUUGUGACCACCUUCCUUGUCAUGGUCGGCCAAAUCGACCUCGAUCCGUUCGAGGACCUCCCGGCACCGGGCCAGUAUGUGCUCGGCUACACGCUCCUGCUGACGCACGCAACCUUGAUCAUUGUCCUCGUCCUGAACUUGCUCACCGCAACUUUUGACCGUUGA